CACUUACCGUCCUCUAUUCUAUAGAGUGCGCAGCAUCUUCUAUCACAAACAUUGUAUAAAGUCGAUACAUACGUUCGCAAGCCCCGUCGACCAAGCUCUGUUCGUCGUUCCCGUCCAGAUCUGUCAACGCUAUCCCCGAGUGAUCGGCUCCGGACCUUGAAGGUUGCUGGUGUAUCACUGCCUCGCUGCGUGGGGUUGGAAUUUAAUAUAUUAUAUUUGGAGAUAUUCCCCAUUCGCCCAUAAGAUUAUCGAUUCCCUCCUCGACUCACCGGCUGCUCAACCAUUGAUUGGUUUUGUCAUAUCUAAGUCGCCACAUGUAGCUCGCACAAGGCUCGCCUCAAAGACACAUAGACAAGCUACCAAGAGAGCUUCUCGCCAAAACCAUUCAGCAGUUACAUGCGCUUCAACUGCAAAGCACUGACGUUUAGCCAGGCUUUGAAUUCAUUCCAGCAUCCCAAGACUAUCAGCCAACUUGCCACAGGUCACUAUCAUCGUCACAAAACUAUGGCUCAAACUCUUCCCAAGCUUGCCGAUUGGGAGCAGAUCAGCACAAAUGUGAUUCGUGUCAUGGGCGCCAAUCCGAGCAAGUUCACACUUCAAGGGACGAAUACGUACAUACUCGGAAGUGGACCUCGCCGCCUCCUGCUUGACACAGCCCAAGGUGAGAAAGCCUGGCUCGACAACAUCACGUCAGCACUCUCGUCGCAAGCACAGAGUCCAGUCAUCUCUACUGCAAUUCUCACCCACUGGCACCACGAUCAUAUCGGUGGCGUCAAAGAUCUAGAAUCGAGAUUUCCGGAUGUCAAAGUCUAUAAGCAUCUCCCCAACCACGAUCCAGAUGGGCUUCUCGACCCUUCGAGGGUGAUUGAUAUCCAAGAUGGCCAGGUGUUUAAGAUUGAGGGAACAGACUCUGAAUCUGACGUGGAGAUCCAAGCCAUCCACUCCCCCGGCCACGCCAAAGACCACAUGGCCUUUGUGAUCACGUCAUCUCCAGACGCCGAUGAAAUUGGUGCAAUCUUUACCGCCGACAACGUCCUCGGCCACGGAACCGCCGUCUUCGAAGACUUGGCCCUUUAUCUUGACAGCUUGGCUGUAAUGAAACGCAAAGUCCAGGACCAAAUUUCGGCUCAACAGAAAAGCUGGACGGACGGGUCUCCCAUGGCCAACGUCGAUGGAAUCAAAAAACGUGCCUUCCCUGGCCAUGGCGCAGUGAUUGAGGAUGCAGUCUCCAAGAUUGACGAAUACGUGAGUCAUCGACGCAUGCGUGAGGUUGAGGCCUUGAACGUCUUGAAGUACGGCACGACCAAGUCGCCCGAGUCGCCGUUCGGCAAUAACCCUGGAAACAUCAGCUCGUCGUCUACCUCAUCCAAGAAAACUCCACGAGCCGCGCCGGAUUCUCUGACCAUUGUCGGUAGUUCAGAGUCAGAAGAGAGCGAUGUCGAUUCUCAGGCAGCCGCCAUCGCCGGCGUUGCUAAGGAGGCGACGCCGGGCAAGGAGUGGACGAGCCUGGAGAUGGUCAAGGUCAUCUAUCGGCAUUAUCCCGAGAAUCUCUAUCAGCCGGCCGAGUAUGGCUUGAUCAUGGUGCUAGAAAAGCUGAAGAAGGAUGGUAAAGUUGUCAAGACUGGCGAGGGUAAAUGGAGGGCUUGUGAGAAGGCGACUCUUUGAAUGCAGAAACUUGUGGGAAAGUUAGUAGGAAAUCCGAGUCAAUGUUUAUAGCAGGCGUCUUCCAGCCAGACGGCUGGCUGUCACUCGUUGCAGUGAAACCCCGAAAACUGGCCAUAGAAGCGAAGAUUGUCGCCCUUUGAGAUAUCACGUGGAACCAAGCUGCCAACAUCACACGAGAAGACGACGAAGAAAUCAGAAUCUGUCGAGAGGAUGGGAGUCUUCUGACAAUAACUGGAACUAUCAAGGCUAGAAGCUACGUAUUCGUAUAGGCCUAAUACUACAUGCUCGGCAA